CUGAGGCCCGGGACCAUGGGGGGCCCUUCCGGACCCCGCGGCCCCCUCGCCGGACCUUCCUGGCGCCGCCAGCCCGCGCCGCCAGCCCGCGCCGCCCGGUCGCCAUGGCGACGCCGCGGCCCGAGGGCGGCGCCGGCGGAACCGGCGGAGCAGCCCGGGCGGCGCGGGCGCGGCGGCAGGUGGGCGGCGCGGGACCAGCUCGGGGCCGGCGCCCGGCCAGCACAUUUUCCCGUUGGCGUUGGGCAAGGCAUAGACCCAGCACACAGGAGAGUGAGGCCUCCAAGGAGCUCCCAGGGCUGUUGGCAGAGAGGCCGCGGGAGCACGGAAAGCAGGACCCCAACAAGGGGCCUCAGCAUGGAGAGCCGUGCCGGCCCCCGCCCUGGAGGGCUGUCCUACUGUGUGGCUUUCUCCCAGCUGCUGGGCCUCACGGUGGUGGCGGUGACCGGCGCCUGGCUGGGUCUGUACCGCGGAGGCAUCGCCUGGGAGAGCGACCUGCAGUUUAACGUGCACCCGCUCUGCAUGGUCAUCGGCCUGGUCUUCCUGCAGGCCGACGCCCUGCUGGUUUACCGCGUCUUCAGGAACGAGGCCAAACGCACGACCAAGAUCCUGCACGGACUGCUGCACGGCUGCGCCUUCGUCAUGGCGCUGGUGGGCCUGGUGGCAGUGUUCGACCACCACAGGAAACGGGGCUACCCCGACCUGUACAGCCUGCACAGCUGGUGUGGCCUCCUCGCCUUCGUUCUCUACGUGGUGCAGUGGCUGGUGGGCUUCAGCUUCUUCCUGUUCCCCGGAGCUUCGUUCUCCCUGCGGACCCGCUACCGCCCCCUGCACAUCUUCUUCGGCGCCUCCAUCUUCCUGCUGUCCGUGGGCACAGCCCUGCUGGGCCUGAAGGAGGCGCUGCUGUUUAAGCUCGGGACCAAGUACAGCACGUUUGAGCCCGAGGGCGUCCUGGCCAACGUGCUGGGGCUGCUGCUGGCCGGCUUCGCCCUGGUCGUGCUCUACAUCUUGACCCGCGCCGAGUGGAAGCGGCCGCCCCAGGCCGAAGAGCAAGCCCUGUCCAUGGACUUCAAGACGCUGACGGAGGGCGACAGCCCCGGCUCCCAGUGACAGGCUGCCCAGGCCCUGCGGGGGCGGCGGGGCCGGAGCGCGGGGCCUCCUCUGGUCCCCGUUGUCACAGCUGUCUCCCCCACAGCCCCGGGGGCUGCCUCCCAGAUUGCUGGCUCCCGGGAUGCUGGGCACCGCAGGUGGGAACCGGCGUGGGAGGGCUCCGUGGGGGCAGCCUGCCUCUUUGAGCAAUGGUUUCCGGGUUGUAGGGCUUGGCCACCUCUGCUUCCCCCUCCUCACCGAUGCUUUAGUGCCCUGUUAGUCAUGCGCAGACCCUGCCCCUGGUGUCCCCAUCACCCCUCAAACGGAGAGGCUUGGAGUAGGCGUUUGGGUGGCUGCAGAAGCUCAGACCCUGAAGGAGUCAGAGAGCGGCCCCCCCAGGAGAGGCAGUGACGAGGGCAGAGCCCGAGGGCUGUGGGGGAACCGGGGCCUCAGCGACAGGCCCGGCAAAGCCAAGACUCGCUUUGUGUAACUGAACUCAAGCCAGGAGUCUCGUUAGACUGGGGUUUGGCAGUGGAGCCUGUGAUCCUAUCUGUAAACUAUGUGGGGGUUCGGAGUGAGGCUCCCCUGGAGAGGGGCGGGGCUGGCCCCUGGGAGGCUCUGGAGCGGGCUCCCGCCCAGCUGUGCUCUGGAGCCUUCCCUUCUUUAGCUCCUUGGCCGCUGGAUGGCUGGGCGGGGAGAGGGAUGGGGCACAGACAAGCCUUCCCCGGCAGCUGAAGAGGAGGGAGCGGCCCCUGCUAGGCUGCUGGGCGUGGUGGCUUACCUUGCAGCUCAGCCUGCGGCUCCCACUGUCCAUGCUCCCCAGCCAGGCAGGCACUGCUCUGACCAGGGGCUGAGGGCACGGCCUUUUCAUAAAUGAGAAGCUGCUCCCCCCGCCCCUUUCCCUUUCAGCAGGGAGGUGGGCUGCCCGCUUCUGUUCGGGAGGACAGCCCAUCUGCCCUGACCUGCCAGGGCCCGUCUCCGCAGGAAGCGGGGACCCCCCAGCCCCACACAUGUGCUGUGCUGUGAGCUGAGUCACCGUUUGGCUUCGGUUUAGAAAUAACGUGAUUAGAGCAUCGAUCUUGUGCUGCUUGGACCUGGCGAGUGCUCGCUCCUUGUUUUGUUCAUUUUCUGGGCUCCGAGGAGCAUGACACAGUUCCAGACAGACACAGUUCACUUAAAUGAUGACGCUAAUAACAUUUCCAAAGCCAGCGUGUGUGCUUUGUUAAGCGUUGCCCUUUUCACGGCCCCGUGCUGCUCCUUGGAGAAAGGGCAGGUGAGGUGGACUGAUAGCUCUGUCUAGUGGGAGAACCUACAGAACUACUGGACCGGAAGUCAAAAACCUGAUGAGAGCCAAGCGGUGAGCUGGAGAUGUAGGCCGAGUCCCUGUGGGCUGGAGAGGAGGGUGGGCUCUGGAUGAUCGGGAGCCCCUGACUGGGCCGUGCCUCCGUCUGGAGGCCAAUGGAAACAUUUUCAACAUCCUGCUCCAGGUACUCCUCCUCGAAUAUGUCUUGCACAGAGUAUAUGUCUUCAUGCUGAGGUUCAGGUUCUGCUUCUUCUGGUAGCUGCUGCUGAGGCUGCUGUGGUGGCGGUGGCGGCUGCUGCUGCUGCUGCUGCAUCUGCCUACACUCCUCCUCCACUCUCAUCAGAAGUCUCUGGAUCUCACGGUUGUUUGGACACAGCUUGAUGGCCUCGUUCAGGUCCUCUAAGGCUGCUGCAAACUGUCUGCUUGACAAAAUGUAAACACAGGAACUGGAGUUAUUCUGAAUCAACAGGAAUCACCCAGAGCUGAGAACAUGGUCACUAUUUCAGAGAACUGUGGGAGCAUCUGUCAGAGUCGGGGUUUUUUGGUUUUAUUUGAUUUGUAAGGAAGGAAACAGGUAGGCUGUCAUUCUAGAGGAGUCUAGAAUGAUUCUCUAACCCGUUCUGCCUCCAUCUUCCUUCUGGCCUCUCUGGGAUCAGUGAAGAAAUGUCCUCAUUUUUUCAGUCCAGCCAGGCCCUUCAGGAAGAUUCUCUUAGUGCCCAAAUGCACACCAGGCAGUAUGAGGGUUGGGUGGGGUUGUCAUUUACAGGGUCACUGUCAAUUAGCUUAGGAACAAAAUAAUAACUACAAUAUUUAAAAAUCUUGCUGAUACAGCAGCAUUUUUUUUAUUAUUAUAUUUUUGAUAUUUUGGCUCCAAGUUUCAGGCCUGUUCCAUCCUAGGCAAGAACCCUAUCUUCUGCCCUUCCUACCCCUCAUCCCAUAGCACUAUUGCUCCUCCAUUCUCCUACAUCAAAGCUGGGAAGAUAUUAGUUUUGCUGACUAAACAGCUCAGAUUCUAAUUUAAAAUUAGGAUGUGAACUAUCAAAGAUAUUCCCAUUCUCUAUUAAUAUUGCCCAGAAAAGAAGCAAUUGAAUUUGUGGGGAAGGAAUUAUUUGGUGGGAAAGAGAACUUGACAGUCAAGCUUCUAAAGAACUUUGCUACCCCAGCUAGUUAAGAUUAGUAUUACUGCCACUGUCGUUACUGGACUUACCCUGGGUUUGAUUUCCAGGACCAUAUCCCGGCCCUGGUUAUAUCAGUGAGCCUGAAGCAGUUCUUUCCCAUGCAGUUUGGGAGAAGGUGGGAUGCUGGCAGGAGGCAUCAAGGACAGGGACAAGUUAUCCUAAGAUCACUGAUGGCAGGUUCUAGGUCUUUCUGGCACCCUUCCUGCCCACUGGCCAAACCACAGCAGAUGGGCAUGAGGGAUGGAGUCCAUUGUGGGUCCCCUCAAUCCUGGCAGCAGGGCCUCCUUCUCCACGAGUUUGUGGUAGGGCUUUAGGUAAGAAAGAGGUUUGAUGCCACUAGACUUGAGGGGAGACCCACAAGGGAGACUAAACAAUCCAGGGACUCCCCAAAUGCUUACAGGAAAAGAAAGAGGAGCCUGUGAUGUAAGUGACCCAUCCCACUUUUCCCUCUGAAAGGGUCGAGGGGAUGUUGCUAAGUGACCUCUUCCUAAGUCACAGUGUCUCGUUAUGCUCCUGCUUGGGGGUUAACACGAUUGAGAGAUGGCAGAGGCUUCUUGGAAGAAGGUGCCACUCUCCAACAAGGAAAAGACAUUUUUCACCCAAAGCAAAAGACUCUAGCUUUCCACAGCCCCGAGACGUGCCAACCUCAAGCUGAGUAUUGCUAUGGGAGCCAUUCCCAAAGCGCGCCCUACGAGUCCUCAGGGAUAGACACAUUGGGUACGUAUGCCCCAGGAUGGCCUACAUUGCCUUGGCCAGAUUUUCAGAGAAGAGACCUCUUGCUUUUUACCCUCUCUCUCUCUCUCCUCACCUGCUGCUGCGUUUUGCCCUUGCUCUUGCAUAGUAAGCUUCAUAAGAUUUCGGUUUCAGCUCCAGGGCCUUAGUAGCAAAUUCCUCCGCCAUUCCAAAAUCCUGUCAUUACAAUAGGUGUGCAAAUAAGUCAUUGAAGAGAUAAUGAAAAAUAGACAACUUGGGAAUAACACAGAUCAUAUGUACAUUUCUUUGACACUUAUGGAUGGAAUACCUGGGACCUGACAUGCCUGGUAUGGCUUUAGCCAUGUGGCCACAGCUUGAACGUUCCUUCUGCCUUUGCCCUGUGUGGCCCUGCAACCACUCAUAAGAAUUUAUCUGCCCAUAAGUAUAAAAAUACUUUUAAUUUUCCUUUUUUCUGCCUUUCUCACAAAGCUCUUUCUAGGCCAGAAGCCCAAUGUCAACCCAAUGAAGUGCCUCAAGUUGGAAACCUAAACUUAUUACACACGCAUGAAUGAAGCCAACACACAGAAAUAAUCACUUCCCAUGACACACACAUCUACACCUCACAUGGAAAUUCACUCUACUUCCCACCUCCCUGCCACACCCACUAUUCCUUGGUUUUCAAAGGGAUGAGUGAAAUCCAAGAGGAUGAGGUCUGUGCUGGCUAGACAGAGUAAGGACAGUCGAUGUGUUCAAUUCUCUGGUCUGCUUUGUGACCUUUCAGAGUGUGUUGUGUGUUUUCUUAUGCAUACCUACUUCACAGGUAGGAUUAAGAGCAAUACAGUAUAUGAAUGCUCUGUAAACAGUUCUUGGCACAAAGUAGAUGCUCAGUAAAUGGUAGUUUUCUUUUUAUUUCAGAGAACUUCUUUGGUCUGUUUCUUCUCUUAACUGGUUCCUUAUUUAGGAACAUUUAAAGUAAAAAAACCAAAAGAGGACCCUGUCUAUGACUAGGGUCUGUGCUAUCGCUUCAUUUCUUGAUCAUGGAGGCUCCACGGAGGCACAAAACCAUAGUUUUUAACCCUCACACAAAAGAGAAGUUUUUUUCUUCCUCUUUUAAUGUCAAAGCACAGCACAGUAGCCUCUGGGUUCACUGUGAUUCCUAAUGCAGAAAACAAGGCCUUAGGAAGAACAAAGGCCCUGGGGCACAGGUUAAAAAAAAAAAAAAAAAAGAAUGGGCAAUUUUCUACCAAAGACAGACUUCAGGUGCUAACCAGAGUACUGCUCGUGGGAGGUGAUUAUUUCUGAACAAAUGUGGAGCUAGAGAGAAAGCAUUCCAUCUUAGCAAGGUUGUCUUCUAUACCUACUGUUUCCAACCUUACCCUUUACUUUUUUCUUUUAAGACUAUUGUUAUGUCUGGGAAGAUUAUUUUUUCGAAGUAUACUAUUUGUUAGGCAAAGAGAAGCCAGCAGGGUGGCAGCAGCUCCUGUACUCUGUCUCACUAUCACUAGCUGGUGUCCCAGGAGGUGAAGAUUCUUCUGUUUUAUCUAAGAACCUCACUGCCUCCCCCUAAGACACCCACCUCCUCCUAGUGGCCUCACUCUCCUCAGCACCCAGGGCAGCUCUGCCUCUUAGGGUCCUAACUAUGUCCUCUGAGACACCAAGACCAUAUUAGGGCUCUUUUCAUUGUCAGGUUUUAGAUGGAUGAUAUAAAGAUCAUAUAGGCAAAUAAUCUCUCUGAUAUUGAUAGCAGAGCCAUUACCACUGAGCUGAAAUCUCACUAUUGUAGAGCUGAGUUCUUUAUUGAUCAACACUCCUGUUUGGCUUAGAUUAUUUCUAUCUCUUGAUGAACUCUGAAACCUCAGGCUGUUGGACGACAGAGAUUCCUGACAUGAUCUUAGCUAUUCCCAGGAUCUGAGAGAGGGUUCUUGGCCUUGGAGUGUCUGCAUGACAAGGUUGCUGCGGGCAGCAGAGACUAUUUACAAGGCAGGCCAAGAAGGACCAAGGAUUAUUUGGGAGAUAAUUAGGGACCAGGAAGAGUGCUAAGAUUCUAUCUGCAAAAAGAAGGGACAUGGCAUGCUAGAAUAAAAAGAUGAGUAGAAGUGAAAAGCUCAAGAUUAGCCUUAGAAAUUAAAUCUUGAAGUUCAUGGUCCCGAGUCCUCUUUCCAGCCCAUCCAUAUGUGACUCGGGAGCCUUCUACAAAGGGAGGUAAUGAUUAAAAUUCAUAACUAAUUGCAGCUGAAAUUUUAGUGACAAUUGCUCUCACAUUUUCCCAACGACCAGAAAAUCAACUUUGAGGUGGGGAGGAUGAUGACAGUUUUUUAAAUCACUUUCAGUGGGAAUUAUGAAAACUCAGAAACCUAUAAAGUGCCCACAGCAUUAACUUUUUUAUAGUUUGAUAUGGAUUGUACUUAAGAGUUUGAUUUCUUUGAAAUUGCAAAUGUCAGUGCUCUGUGAAGGACAACCAAGUUCCAAAUGGGCCAGAGAAGAAUCAGGGGCCUGGUAAAGGCUAGUGAGUGACUUGGACUGUCAACUUCCAGGACUGCAGAAGGAGCUGGGAUGAGAAUGACUUACGUUCAUUUUCCUGCGACACCGAGAGAGGUUGAGGAGAAGAGACACCUUCAGUUCCCGGAAGGUUUUCAAGUCCUCACCAAACCCUUCUCUAGGGAAUUUCUUCAGAGCGUACUGGUAGCGCUGGGCAGCCUCCUUUACUUUACCUUUCUAAU